AUGCCAACACUUAAAAUUUGUAACAUCAUAUACAACGAUAAGCAAAUAAGCUUUACUAUUCAGCCCUCAGAUGUGACAACAUAUAACAAAAUUUUGGAAAAUUUUCACAAUGAUGCUUUUCCAGGAAACGAUAAUAUAACAGUCUACGUGCCAGCUCAAAUUAAACAGAUCAUUGAAACAGAAAAGGUUGUUUUCGUUAAAAAUGUAGACUACGAUUUAGAAAUAGACGCAGUUAAACAAAGUCUUAGUCAAGCUGAUUUCAGUUUCACAACAGUUGAACGAUUGAAACGUCAAGGUCAAAAUACGAAAAUUGUUAAAAUUACAUUGACCGAUAAAUUAAAUCGAGAAAUUCUAAUACAAACAGGUCUCCGUGUUGGUUAUUGUUUGUUAAAGUGUGAAGCGGCAAAACACAACAAUCCACUGCAAUGUAGAAACUGUUUGAAAUUCGACCAUCCGAAGAAAUAUUGUAAACAAUCAUAUCAAAGUUGCGCUAAAUGUGCUGAUCAUCAUUCUACUGAAAAUUGUACAACAACACAAUUGAAAUGUGUCAAUUACGAAGAUGAUCAUGCAUCUAACUCAAAUGCCUGUCUAUCUUUUAUUGAACAGCGGCAAAAACUACAAAAAACAAUUGAUGAAUACACGACUCCAUUGAAAGCAUAA